GUUGGUACUGUUGGUAGCUCGAAGAUAGUCUUUAGUUUAUGGUGCGAUCGCCGCUUGUGACAGUUUGUGUGAGGAAAAUUGGAAAUUAUGAAGUAAAACAUUUUCUGAAAUAUUGUGUUUAAAUGACAGCAGGAAAAGAAACCAUGGGUGAGCAGCCAAUCUUCACGUGCAAGGCGCACGUGUUCCACAUAGACCCGAAGACGAAGCGAUCGUGGAUGUCGGCCAGCUCCGCCGCUGUUUCCGUCUCUUUCUUCUACGACUCGUCGAGAAACCUGUACCGCAUCAUCAGCGUUGAAGGGACCAAGGCGGUGAUAAACAGCACAAUAACGGCAAACAUGACCUUCACGAAGACGUCUCAAAAGUUUGGGCAAUGGAGCGACGUGCGGGCCAACACGGUUUAUGGACUCGGGUUCGCGUCCGAAGCAGAACUGGGCAAAUUCAUAGAAAAGUUCCAAGAAGUGAAAGAGGCGAUCCAGGCGCAGCAGAUGUCGGGCAAAGCCACCAACGGCAACAGCGGAGCCGCCACGCCCGUAGCGUCCGCCACGGCGUCCCCUCUGCUAGCCUCCCGCGCGCCCGCCGACGAGCCCCCGGUCGCUGCUCCCCCAGUACAGCCUAAAGUUGACAACGAUGAAAUGAUGGUCCACCAAAGAGCUCACUCCGUGUCGUCCACACUACAGGGCGGAUAUGCGACGGUAGGACGAGCGCCGCGCGGCCCCCUCGCGUCCACGGCGGCGCCCGAGCGCGCCGAGCUGCCUCCCGGCGAGUCCGCAGAACAACAACUCAGAUACGAGAACGAUCGCCUCAAACUGGCUCUGGCUCAAAGCUCAGCGAACGCCAAAAAAUGGGAGGUCGAGCUGGCAACACUGAAGAGCAACAACCUCCGCCUAACAGCCGCCCUGCAGGAGAGCACCGCCAACGUGGACGAGUGGAAGAGACAGCUGCACCAGUACCGGGAGGAGGUGGCCCGCGCCAGACACUUUGCUGGGAAAGGCAAUGACGCGAGCGAAGCCGAGCAGUUGCGGCAGCGCGUGGCGCAGCUCGAGGCGGAGCUGGCCCAGAAAAACGAGGAGCUCGCACAGUUCACCAAGUCACGGAAGAGUGAACAGGACGCCGAAGCGAAACUAGCUCAAAGCCAGCUGGAGCUAGCCCUAGCCGCCCAGGACGGACAGCGGCAGGUCAUCCAGGCGCUCAACGACCAGCUGGCCCGCCAGCUCGAGGAACUGUCGACGAUCCACCGCGAGAUUAAUACGGCGCUGCAAACAUGAGACGCGGCCUCCAUUCAGCCGCCUCCUAUAUACGCGUCCGUUGUCAAGCCACCGGACCGGCGGCUGCCGCUGCUGCUACGCGCGCGGGAGGGGAGGGAGGGGCGGG